GGUGUGGAGAAACCAUUUAAUGUAUUGGUUAGCGAGACGGAUACGAUUGAAGAUUUAAAACAGUUAAUAUCGUGCAGGAUGAGAAAGGCUAUUUGCGAAAAAAAUAUCAUAACGAGUGGGUUCAAAAUAUGGAAAGUAUACAUUCCUGUCGAUGAAGCUGAUAUUCUACGAAAGGUACCAUCCGAAUUAAAGAGUGGUAAACCACUCGAAGACGAUCAAAAUGUAACAUCCAUCGGAAAAGUUCUUAAUAACUACAUUCAGAUCUUCAUGGGAAAUCCUGAUUCAGUUUUUAUUCCACCCGACUUGGAAAAGGUCGUUCAAAACAUGGAUGAGAGGAUACGAGAGUUGGAGAAUAAGAUUCAAGAUUUAAUCAAUGAAACUCGAAACGAAAGAUUAGAUGAGGAUGCAGAUGAAGAACUUCGCGCUAUUAGGGUAGGCGAUGAGUUCUGGUUAGAUAAGGAUUAUAUUUACACUAAAGCGCAAAAGAAAAAACAUGUUAAGGUUGGGUGUAGGGUAGUUGAAAUUGGUAAUACAGGAAGGUUAAAGGUGGUUCUUCUUGGGGAAGAUUACAGCGGAGAACGAAAAACGGUUUCUUCGUUAUUGACGCUCGAAAAAUGGUUGCUUGAUUGCGCAG